AUGAGAAGGCUAACAAAACACCUCCUCCUCACCUCAGCCCUUCUCACUGCGCUUAUUUCAAUUAUAAUCGAAGUCUACUUUCAUCCUUCUCCAAUUUCCACCACAAUUGUCUACAAGUCUCUAGCUAGCCCAAGCUCCAUAAUUAAUGACUUCAUCUCUUAUUUUCGCCGCCACCAUCACCACCAUCAUCGGAAGGCAGCUUGCAAUGACUCUAAGUGGUCACAAUUAAUCCCACCUCAUCAGAGCGGAGCUCAAAUUUUAACCGUCGAUCUCAACGGUUGUGCUAACUUCAGCAGUGUGCAGAAGGCAGUCGACGCCGUCCCUGACUAUAACCCUUAUCGCACAAUCAUUAUCGUCGACUCUGGUGUCUACAGGGAGAAGGUGAUUGUGUGGGAGAAUAAGACUAAUGUGACAAUUCAAGGGCAGGGUUAUCUCAACACUAGCAUUGUAUGGAAUGAUACAGCUAAUUCCAGUGGAGGCACCAUUUACAGCGCCAGCGUCUCCAUCUUUGCGUUCAACUUUGUUGCCUACGACAUCAGCUUUCAGAACACAGCGCCGGCAGCAUCGCCCGGGGACGUUGGCUCACAAGCAGUGGCGCUACGGAUCGCCGGCGACCAAGCUGCGUUCUACAACUGCGGCUUCUACAGCUCCCAGGACACUCUGCUAGACGACAAGGGCCGGCAUUACUUCCGCCAAUGCUUCAUUCAGGGUUCCAUUGACUUCAUUUUCGGCAAUGCUCUCUCCCUCUAUGAGGAGUGCACAAUCAAUUCAAUUGCCAAGGAGGUGGUGGCCGGUGUGAGCGGCUGUAUCACGGCUCAAAAGAGGGAGUCAGAAGCGGAGAGGACGGGAUUUUCGUUUAUGAAUUGUUGCGUCACUGGGACUGGAAGAGUUUGGCUUGGUCGAGCGUGGGGAUCCUACUCUACAGUCAUCUUCUCCAAGACUUAUUUGCCGUCUAUUAUAGUUCCCGAGGGAUGGGAUGAUUGGAACAAUUCUUCAAACGAUAAAACAAUCUUCUUUGGUGAGUACGAGUGCUGUGGCCCGGGAGCAAACUACACAAUGUGGCCUAAAUACGCUAAGAAUUUGGAUUAUUCUGAGGCAGUUCGAUUCAUGGACAUCUCUUUCAUUGAUGGGAACGAGUGGGUUCUGCCACCUCGUAGUAGUGAUGGGCGUAAUCCAUGCGAUAAUCAAAAUUAUGGGGAGCUUGUUAGGGAUUAUUGAGGAUUUAUUAUCACAAAGGUACAGGUGAAUUGAAAGCUUGUUUAUGCUAUUAUAUUAUAUAUGUAGAUAAUAUGUAUGGGUUGCAGGUAGUUUUCUGACACGAAAUUAAUUUAUC